GGGAUCACAUCUCUGGCCUGUCCCAGUUUCCUGUACCAGGAACUGACAGCGCUAUAAAGCUGUACGCCUGGUGCAGAAUUCACAGGGAUUGCAUUUGUCUGGAGGAUAAGACUGGCACCUUGCUGCUGGACCCCAAACACUAGAUAUGGCGCUGAAGUCCUUUGAAUGCUGUUCCCUGCUCUUUUUCCUCUUCCUUCCAUUUUGCCUAUGUCAGGAAGAAUACUCGGAGGUGAGCGAGACCGUUAUUGCAAACUUGACAAUAGUAGUUGAAAACCAUGAAGCUUCCAGGUAUUUAAAGAGCGGAGAGACUGAAGCUGCAAACCACACAAGUGGGGUAAAUUCCAGACCAACCGCAGCUGGCAAGACAGAAAAAGUACAAAAAAAGCCGAAAAGAAAAAAAAUUGAAACUAAGGUGAUAGAACAGCCAACCUCUGUUAGCAUCCAGGAACAACAGGAGGUUGUGGAUAGGCCUCCUUCAGAAUGUAGCCACUGCUGUUAUCGGGGUGAGCCUGGUAAUCGGGGCUGGCCAGGUCCACCUGGUCUAUCUGGUAUUCCAGGAAACCAUGGAAACAAUGGAAAUAAUGGGCUCCCAGGACGUGAGGGGGUGAAAGGAGACCUUGGAAAUAAAGGCGGCAUGGGACCCCGAGGAGAACGUGGGGUUCAAGGAAUUAAAGGAAUGAAGGGACAAGCUGGAAUUCCUUCAGAACUCAAGGUUGCUUUUAUGGCUUCGAUGGCAACCCAUUUCACAAACCAGAACAGUGGUAUAAUUUUUAGCAGCGUGGAGACCAAUGUUGGGAACUAUUUUGAUGUUAUGACCGGAAGAUUUAGUGCACCCAUAGCAGGAGUUUAUUUCUUCAUUUUCAACAUGAUGAAGCAUGAAGAUGUUGAAGAGACGACGGUUUACUUAAUGCACAAUGGAAAUGCCAUCAUCACCAUGUUUAGUUCUGAAUCGAAAGGAAAACAUGAUACAGCAGGGAACAGUGGAGUUGUUAAGCUUGAUACAGGAGAUGAAGUGUGGCUGCGGAUGGGGAAUGGAGCCCUGCAUGGAGACCACCAAAGAUACUGCACGUUUUCUGGUUUCCUCCUCUUUGAGAGUACCUAGCAACCAACAAUAAACAAGAGUGUCACUAUUGUAAAACAUGGUUACAAGUUGGGUAUGUCCAGAAACACGUCUAAUAUUGUGCAGUCUCUAAAAAAAAAAUUGAGAGUUGGGAGCUACAAUAUUUCAUCCCGAAUAAGACAUACCUGAAUUAAUAAUGACAGAUUAUUAAAACAUGGCAUGAAUAAAAUGUACUCUAUGUAGAAAUUUUAAGUAAGGACAAAUAGCAUUUGUCCAUUUAACUACUGCAUACCAAGAUAUGUAGAGAACAUGGAUUAUUUCAGGGGCAACAUUAAAAGAAGAACUGAAGCAUUAUAAUGCAGUUUAAUUAACAUGUGAUAAGUACACAUACUGGUGGCAUUCCAGUGUCGAUUGAUUUUUGCAUCUUUUAUGAUAGGAAUUGUACAGUGGUAGCAAAUAAAUCUAUAUACAAGAUGCCAUUGGGUUUUGAUUAAUUAUGAGUUAUGUUACUAUCAUUCUCAUUCCUUUGUUAUAUUCUUUAUCUUCUAUUGAGACACAAUUUAAAAAAAUAAAGUUAUUUACUUAUA